AUGGAGGCUCCACUGGUGAGUCUGGAUGAAGAGUUUGAGGACCUCCGGCCCUGCUGCUCAGAGGAACAGGAGGAGAAGCCACGGUGUCUGUAUGGCUCCUCGCCCCACCACCUGGAGGACCCCUCCCUCUCUGAGCUUGAGAAUUUCUCUUCUGAAAUAAUCAGCUUCAAGUCCAUGGAGGACCUCGUGAAUGAAUUUGACGAGAAGCUCAAUGUCUGCUUCCGGAACUACAAUGCCAAGACCGAGAACCUGGCUCCCGUGAAGAACCAGUUCCAGAUCCAAGAGGAGGAGGAAACCCUGCAGGACGAGGAGGUUUGGGAUGCUCUGACAGACAAUUACAUCCCUUCACUCGCAGAAGACUGGAGGGACCCAAACAUCGAGGCUCUGAAUGGCAACAGCUCUGACACCGAGAUCCAUGACAAAGAGGAGGAGGAGGAGUUCAAUGAGAAGAGUGAGCACGAUUCUGGGAUCAAUGAGGAGCCGCUACUCACUGCGGAUCAGGUCAUCGAGGAGAUCGAAGAAAUGAUGCAGAACUCCCCGGACCCCGAGGAGGAGGAGGAGGCCCUGGAGGAGGAGGACGGGGCCGAAACGUCCUCCCAGGCGGACUCGGUGCUCCUGCAGGAGAUGCAGGCCUUGACCCAGACCUUCAACAACAACUGGUCCUAUGAAGGCCUGAGGCACAUGUCCGGGUCCGAGCUGACGGAACUGCUGGACCAGGUGGAGGGCGCCAUCCGCGACUUCUCGGAGGAGCUGGUGCAGCAGCUGGCCCGCCGGGAUGAGCUAGAAUUCGAGAAGGAAGUGAAGAACUCCUUCAUCACGGUGCUCAUCGAGGUGCAGAACAAGCAGAAGGAGCAGCGAGAGCUGAUGAAGAAGAGGCGGAAAGAGAAAGGCCUGAGCCUGCAGAGCGGCCGCGUGGACAAGGGCAGCCAGAUGCCCCUCAAGCGCUUCAGCAUGGAGGGCAUAUCCAGCAUCCUGCAGAGCAGCAUCCGCCAGACCUUCGGCUCCUCGGGGACCGACAAGCAGUAUCUGAACACGGUCAUCCCCUACGAGCGGAAGGCCUCCCCUCCAUCCGUGGAAGACCUGCAGAUGCUCACCAACAUUCUCUUCGCCAUGAAGGAGGAUAACGAAAAGGUGCCCACUUUGCUAACGGACUACAUUCUAAAAGUGCUCUGUCCCACCUAA